AUGGCGCUCGUCGUGGCCGGCUCGUACGAACGCUUCGUGUUCGGCUACCGCGUCGACGGCCUUCCCUCGUCGUCGUCGUCGUCGUCGUCCGCGCGCGAGAGCGGCGCCGCCGCCGCCGCCGUGAAUCACGCCUUCACCCUGGACGCGCAUCUCACGCAGUGCAAGUCCGUCGCCGCGCGCGGCGGGUUCAUCGCCUCCGGCGGCGCCGACGACCUCGUGCGCGUGUAUCAUCACAACCCGGACGGCGCGCUCGCGGACCUCGGGACGCUAGCCGGGCACGAGGGCACGGUGCAGUGCAUGGAGCUGCACGGCCCGUCGUCGUCGACGGAGCCGACGCGUCUCGUCACCGGCGGGCAGGACGGGACGAUCAUCGUGUGGUCCGUGAACGCGUGGGACGCGCUCAAGACGCUGAAAGCGCACCGCGGCGGCGUCCAAAACGUCAGCGUGCACAAGUCCGGCGCGGUCGCGCUGUCCUCGGGCGCGGACGGAUGCGUCGCGAUGUGGGACAUGAAGCGAGGACGCGUCGCGCACAAGACCAAGCUCAAGGUGAAGCCCGAGCUCCUGUCGUUCACCCCGAGCGGGACCAAGUACUACGCCUGCGCGCAGAGCAGAACGACGAUCACGAGCGCGGAGACCGGCGCGGUGUGCGGCGUCUUCGACGCGCCCUCGCGCGUCAUGUGCGCGACGAUGGCUGGCUCCGACGCGCUCGCGGUGCUCGGGUUGGAAGGCGGCGACGUCGUCGGGUACGACACGCGCGCGCCGCCGACGAAGCACGCGCUGCGGAUAACCAAGGCGCACCCGACGCGCGUGAAGGGCGUCGUCGUGCCGUACGACGACCACGACGCCGGGGUCGCGAUGGGCGGGCCCGCGGGGGGGGCGACGUCGCUGGUCACCGCGUCGUCGGAGGGCGUCGUGAGGUUGUGGGAUCUCCGCGUCGCCGGGAAGGGCGGCGGCGCCGCGAGCGCGCGCGAUAUCGACGAGCCCGUCGCGGAGGCGGAGGGCGGCGGGCGUUUCACGUGUUUGGCCGUCAUGCCGUGCGCGCUGCCGCGAGCGGUCGCGGACGUGUUGUCGGCGGAGCGAGACGCGCGCGCGUCGGACCCCGCGGAGAGGGCUGCGAGGAGAGGGGAGGAGAAGCAGCGGAAGCUCGAGAAGGCGCGCGCGAAGGCCGCGAUGCGACCGGCGCGACCGCCGCCGGUUAAGGCGAAGAGGCCGUCCGCCGCGGGAGAGACCGCCGACGGCGGCGACGACGACGAGCGCGAAGGGUUCGAGGUCGUCCCCGAGGGCGGCGGCGGCGGCGGCGACGGCGGCGGCGCGCCGCGCGUCGAGCCGCGACGGGAGCCGAAGAAACCGAAGAAGCGCGAGCGCGCCGAGGGCGAGCGAUUCGGCGGCGACGAGCUGCUCGUGACGCGGAAGCCGUCGCACAAGGUGAAGAAGUCGGGGGGCGGGGACGGGAAGUCGUACGAGGAGACCGCGACGGCGGCGCGGCGGAAGGGAAGCGGCGUGAAAAAGAAGGAGGCGAGCAGAGGGUUCGGCAAGCCGUCGAGCGCGCGUCGAUGAGCCAAGGUGUCUCGCCAAGGUGUCUCGCGUCAGUCUACGAACGCACGGUUCGCGAAUACAACGCUAAUGACGACCAU